AUGCAAAUAGUUAAUAACUAUUUUGAUGGCUGUGGCGGCGCUGGUGGCGGCAAACGCGGUGGUGGCGGCGCUGGUGGCGGCAAACGCGGUGGUGGCGGCCAACGUGGUCGUGGCGGCCAACGUGGUCGUGGCGGCCAACGCGGUCGUGGCGGCCAACGUGGUCGUGGCGGCCAACGCGGUCGUGGCGGCCAACGCGGUCCUGGCGGCCAACGUGGUCGUGGCGGCCAAGCUGGUCGUGGCGGCCAAGAUGGUCGUGGCGGCCAAGCUGGUCGUGGCGGCCAAGCUGGUCGUGGCGGCCAAGCUGGUCGUGGCGACCAGGAGGAACGACUGGGCCUCAAUCGGCGGCAGAGGGUGGCGUUGGCCCACCAGGCAGCAAGGAAUUACCCGGCGGACCAGCAACGUCUGAUCCGCCGCGCAAUAAUGGACACUCUGCGACCUCGGCAGGCCCAAGAUGAACGGCAGGAACCAGAGCCUGUGGAGCAUCCAGAGCGACCGGAGCAGAUGGAGGAGGCCUUCGGAGAAAUAAAUAUAAAUUAA